GUAGUCGAAAGGAUAAUAACAUGCUGAUGCAUGGUUUUAUUUUGGUGACUAUUUUGGCAACGGCCAAAAGUGCCGAAGCGGAAAUUACCAUGGAAGCUGCUUUUCAAGGACACUGUGGCCACACGAGCCCCUGCGAACAAUUGUGCUAUGAAAUACAUGAUGGCAUGUACGAAUGUGAUUGCAUCGAAGGUUAUGAACUCAAUAAAAAUGGUUAUAGCUGUCAAGUGAUAAAUUCAACGAACAGCAGUGAUGGCCACAGCAAAUCUGACGAAGAUGUGCUGUAUCAAAAAGGAGCAUCGUUUAGUGCCAAAUUGGCCAAUGACAAUGCCGAUGAUAAUCACAUAGGCAACAGCCAAUCUCCCGGAGGUGCUGGUGGUUCCUCCGGUGGUCUCUCCUCAUCCUCAUUUAAUCGAGACUCCGAUGAGGACAUUAUCGAUGGUGAUGAUGAAUCCUCCUAUAUCUCGGAUGAUUUGGGUCUAAUGGCCCAGCGGGAGAAAAUCAAUUCCAAUGAUUAUUACAUAUCAAAUGAGGGUGGUGAGCUGGAUAGUGGUGGCCUGGAUCGUGAUCUAAGCGAGGAUGAUUACGACGAUGAGCCUUAUGAACAUCAGAGGGCGGCGAUCACAACAGCAAAGCCAAUUGCCAUGAUGCUACAUCAUAAUCACAAAGCGAUUAAUAAAAAUCAAUCCACGACAACAACAACAACGGAGGCAACGUUGCCAAAUGAAAAUCUAGAUGAGCUGGAUGAUUAUUAUGCGAAGCAGGAUAUGUCCAUUUAUGAUGAUGUUAAUAAUAAUCAAUUGAAUUUAAGGCCAAUCAGUCAUUUAACAUAUCAGCAGUAUCAACAGCUUCAGCCACAACAACAACAGCAGCAACAACAGCAGCAACAACAGCAGCAGCACCAUCAAAUGGAAGCACAAGUAAACAACAACAACAAUCACCAACAGUUGCAGCAACAGCAGAAGCACCAACAACAACAAGCCCAGUAUCACAAUACCUAUAGUAGUUAUAACAAUAAUAAUAACAAUAACAACAACAAUUUAUUGAAAACUGCCACAGCGGCACAAACAGCAUCUACGAAUUAUGCAACUGCCACAAGUGGCACAAACAAACAGCAGCAACAACAACAACUAUCAACAAACAUAUCAUUAAAUCUAAGUUCAGCUGAAACAAGCGAAAUUUGUAAUUUAGAAUGUGGAAUUGAGGGCAUGUGUGAACGAUCAUCGGAUGGAAGCAGCCGCUGUCUAUGUCCUUUUGGUAAAACCGGCAACAACUGUAUGGAGGACAUCAAAGUACGAGUACCGAAAUUUUCCAAACAUUCAUGGUUGGCAUUUCCUGCACUAAAAGGCGCCUACAAGCAUGUUCAGUUACGUAUAGAAUUCCGUCCCGAAUCGUUUGAUGGUAUUAUUUUACUGAGUGGCGAACGUGAUGAUUUGACGGGAGAUUUUAUGGCACUGCUAUUGAAUAAAGGAUUUGUGGAAUUUUGGUUUGAUUGUGGCAGUGGUGCAGGCAGUGUUCGUUCCCGUGAAACGAUACUGUUAAAUGAAUGGAAUUCAGUGGUAAUUUAUCGCCAUCGUUGGGAUGCUUGGUUGGUGUUGAAUCAUGGCACUAAGGUUCAGGGUAGAUCAACUGGCCUAUUCUCACGCAUAACAUUCCGUGAACCUGUAUUCUUGGGUGGCACCGGCAAUAUCACAGGUUUGGCUAAUCGUUUACCAAUUACAUCGGGCUUUUUGGGUUGCAUUCGCCACUUUAUUGCAAAUGAUCAUGAAUACAAGUUUGAGGAACAUCCGGUGGGAGAUGUAACCAAGGGUUUUGAUAUACAGGAUUGUAUUACCGACAAAUGUUUCAAAUAUCCCUGUCAACAUGGUGGCAAAUGCCUACCCUCCGAUCAGGGUGCCGUGUGUUUGUGUCCCAUAGGUUUUGUGGGAGAUUUGUGUGAGAUACGCAUGGAUUUACAGGUUCCUUCAUUUAAUGGCUCCUCAUUUUUGCGUUAUGCCCCCUUGGGUGAUAGUGUGUUAAUAUGGCUGGAAUUGAAUGUAAUUUUAAAACCCGAACAGGCGGAUGGCCUUAUCAUGUAUUCGGGACCAAAACAUCAUGGUGAUUUUAUUGCCUUAUCCUUGAACAACGGCUAUGUGGAGUUCUCAUUUAAUUUGGGCAAUGGCCCUGCCGUUGUAAGGAGCGAAUAUCCUUUGUCCAUUGGCCAAUGGCAUACCAUUCGAAUAUCUCGAACCGCGCGCUUGGCCGUAUUGAAGAUUGACCAAAUGCCUGAGGUAAUGACAAUUUCGGCAAAUGGCUUUUGGCAUUUAUCAUUGCCGGAGAACUUAUUUGUGGGUGGUGUAAAUCACAUCGACAAAUUGCCCAUGGACUUGAAAAAUAAACCCUUCUUUGUGGGUUGCAUACAGAAGAUUGAAAUAAAUGGCCAUCCAUUGUCGAUAAUAUCGGAGGCGCUGGGUGGCACAAAUAUUGGCAAUUGUCCGCAUGCUUGUGUGGCAAGGCCAUGUGGUCCAUUGGCGGAGUGUGUGCCGCAAAUGGAAGGCUAUGAAUGUCGUUGCAGUGCCUAUAAUGAACAAUGCCACAACAACAACAACAACAGCAAUGUGAAGAAAGGCAGUAAUAACAACAACAAGAAACCAAAAAUCCAAUCAAAAGUAAAAGCCAGUAAGGGUGUUGGUUCUUUGGGCUACAAUGAUUUCAGUGUUAAGGACAGUGAAUUAAAGGGACAGCAACAACAACAGCAAAAGAGCCACAAGAAAGCCAAGAAACAACACUUGUUGUGGCACAAAACAAGCUAUAAAGCCAUGCAGCAGCAGGAACAGCAGAAUUUGAAACCAAGUGCAAUGACAGAAACAGCCACAAGGACAACUACCCCUGCUCCGACUUCCAGCACCACCACCACCCCAUCAACAACAACCACCACAACAACAAUGAAUUGGCAAGACAUGGAAAACAUCAAUCGGGAUAUCCUACAGACACAAGAGACCCUCGAACGUAUUAUGGAGAAAAUGAAAACCGAUGAAGUGGUACUCGAUGACGACGAGGAUGAGGACGAACAGGACGAGGAGGCCGAUGAAAUGGAAGAUGAUAUGAUAUUCCGUGAUAUUAAGGCCAUGCAUGAACAGCAGGAGCUGGCACAAGAACAAGAGCAAACACGCACAACAACACCUUCGACCACAACAACACGAAAGGCUUACAAACAAAAACAAUAUUCCUCGUCGUUGUAUUCGACGAAACCGGAUCCACACCACAAGACACCCGUCAUGGACAAACCGCAGCAUAAAUUGAGUCGUUUGCCGACCCACUACGAAAGCUUUCAAACCAAUACCGGAAGUGACAUUUUAACCUUUGAAGAUCCGGUGGCACUUGAGGAAGAACAAUGGCAGGAUUUUAAUGCGGCAUCGGGCUCAUCGUCGUCCACCUCCUCAAGUGAAGAACAACAGCACAGCGUGGAGGAGCCGGAGGAGGAGGAGGUAAAGCCACCAGGUGAAUAUGUUAGCCUGGAUAGCAACAGCAACAACAACAAUAACAACAUCGUGAACGAAGCCAAUAUUGAAACAACCAGUGAGGAUACUUUCGUCAUGGAUGAGUCCUUGUUCGAUGAAAAUGAUGGCACCGAGGAUUAUCAGCGCAAACAAUUGGCUCAGGACAUGAAACGUAUUAUGGCCAAUACCAAGGGUCAUUAUGUGCCCAAACAGCCGAAAUUGGACAAAAACAACAACAACGACGAUGAAGGCAAGAAUGAGGAAGUCGAUGAUGAGGAUGAUGAUGACGACGACGACGAUGAUUUCGAGUCCCAAGAAUUUGAAGAAAUUAAAAAGAAACUCCCCUCAUCGGGUGAUCCCACACAAACCCACACCGAUUGGAGUCUGCUAAGUAAAUUCGAUUUACCCUCGAAUGAAAAUCGCCCACCCAUUGGAGUGAGGAAAAAUUUCGGUGCCUGUUUUGUCGGUCAUGAAUCCUAUUUCCAUUACAAUGAUCCGGAUACAAUGAAUCAAAUUAUUAGCAAUAAUAUCGAUUUGAAUUUGAGAAUAAAAACGAGGUCUGAACAUGGUGUCAUUUUGUGGACAGCCUGUGUGGGUACCAUGGAUCAGGAUUCGGAUGAUUAUCUGUCGCUGGGUAUAGAGGAUGGGUAUCUGCACUUCCGCUACAAUCUGGGUUCUGGUGAGGUGGAUAUUCGUUUUAAUGCCACCAAAAUUAGCGAUGGUCUGUGGCAUCGUGUCAGGGCCAUAAGAAAUAACCAAGAAGGCUAUCUGGAGGUAGAUGGUCGCAAGAGCAUAACCCUUAGAUCGCCGGGUACACUACGUCAAUUAAACACGGAUACCGGUUUAUAUGUUGGUGGCCUCCCCGACUCGGUAUAUUUCCCACGACGAAGAUAUACGAACGGCAUCGUUGGCUGUAUAUCGGAAAUUGUUAUAUCCGGCGAGUUUAAAAUGAAUUUCGAUCCGAAUACAUUGGGGACAGCUCACAAUGUUGAGACGGGCAUACUUUGAAACGUUAAUGCGUUGAUGUUUCGCAUAACUUAAGAAUAGUUGAAAUUAUCAUUUAUUUUUUAAG